GGCGGUGAUUUACCGCACCUUCACCGCGAUUACGGAAGGAGAGAGAAAACGCACCGAGUUCCCUUGUGUAAAGAACGCGACAUGUAUCCACAAGGCCGGCAUCCGGCACCUCACCAGCCAGGGCAGCCUGGCUUCAAGUUCACAGUGGCAGAGUCCUGCGACAGGAUCAAAGACGAAUUUCAGUUCCUGCAGGCCCAGUACCACAGUCUUAAAGUGGAGUACGAUAAACUGGCCAAUGAAAAGACAGAGAUGCAGCGUCACUACGUCAUGUACUAUGAGAUGUCCUAUGGGCUCAACAUUGAGAUGCACAAACAGACUGAGAUCGCCAAACGUCUCAAUGCAAUUCUCGCUCAGAUCAUGCCGUUCUUGUCACAAGAGCAUCAACAGCAAGUGGCUCAGGCUGUUGAACGGGCAAAGCAGGUGACGAUGACUGAGCUGAAUGCGAUCAUCGGGGUACGUGGACUUCCCAAUCUGCCUCUGACUCAGCAGCAGCCGCCUCAUAGUGUCUACCCAGCCUUCAUGCAGCAGCAGCUUCAGGCUCAGCACCUCUCUCACGCGGCCCACGGCCCCCCAGUCCAGCUGCCCCCACACCCCUCAGGCCUGCAGCCACCCGGCCUCCCCCCUGUGACGGGCGCUGGCUCCGGCCUGCUGGCUCUAGGUGCUCUUGGCAGCCAGGCUCACCUGCCUGUAAAGGACGAGAAGAACCACCACGACCUGGAGCACAGAGGCCCCUCAUCUUUUCACUUGCCUCUGGCCAAUCCUCUGAAAGAACGUGAGUCGAGCACGAAUAACUCCGUGUCGCCAUCAGACAGCCUGCGGGCUGCGAGUGAGAAGCACCGCGGCUCAUCAGAUUACAGCCUUGACUCCAAGAAACGCAAAGUGGACGACAAAGACAGCAUGAGCCGAUAUGACAGUGACGGAGACAAAAGUGACGACUUGGUAGUGGAUGUUUCCAAUGAGGAUCCAGCCACUCCUCGAGUCAGCCCCGCUCACUCUCCUCCAGAAAACGGCCUGGAUAAAUCACGAGUCCUGAAGAAGGAUGCUGCCCCUAACAGCCCCGCCUCCGUCGCCUCGUCAGGCAGCACGCCGUCCUCCAAAGCAAAAGACCACGCCCACAACGACAAGUCGUCCACACCAAGCCUGAAGUCCAACACACCUACACCGAGGAAUGAGGCCCCAACCCCAGGAACCAGCACCACGCCAGGGCUACGGCCUCUUACCAUGGGCAAACCACCCGGCAUGGAGGCAUUAGCCGCCCCAGCCCUGCGUACACCUCUGUCCAUUGCGGGCACCUAUGCCUCCCCGUUUGCCAUGAUGGGUCAUCAUGACAUGAACGGGUCCCUGACCAGCCCGGGUGUCUAUCCGGGUCUUAUUUCACCACAGAUGAGUGCUGCAGCUGCUGCCGCUUAUGGACGCUCACCAAUUGCGGGGUUUGAUCCUCAUCCUCACAUGAGAGCUCCGGGCCUGCCAGCCAGCCUCACGUCCAUUUCUGGAGGAAAACCAGCUUAUUCUUUUCAUGUGAGUGCAGAUGGUCAGAUGCAGCCCGUGCCCUUCCCUCCAGACGCACUGAUAGGCCCGGGCAUCCCGCGCCACGCUCGCCAGAUCAACACACUGAGCCACGGGGAAGUGGUGUGCGCUGUAACCAUCAGCAACCCCACACGUCACGUCUACACCGGUGGCAAAGGUUGUGUCAAGAUCUGGGACAUCAGCCAACCAGGCAGCAAGAGCCCAGUGUCCCAACUCGACUGCCUGAACAGGGACAAUUACAUCCGCUCCUGCAAGCUGUUGCCUGACGGCCGCACCCUGAUAGUGGGUGGCGAGGCCAGCACGUUGACCAUCUGGGACCUGGCCUCACAGACGCCGCGCAUCAAGGCCGAGCUCACUUCCUCUGCUCCGGCCUGCUACGCGCUGGCCAUAAGCCCUGACGCCAAGGUCUGCUUCUCCUGCUGCUCGGAUGGAAACAUCGCCGUGUGGGAUCUCCAUAACCAGACCCUCGUUAGGCAGUUCCAGGGCCACACAGAUGGAGCCAGCUGUAUCGACAUCUCCCACGACGGGACCAAACUGUGGACCGGAGGGCUUGACAACACUGUUCGCUCCUGGGAUCUGAGAGAGGGACGACAGCUCCAGCAACACGACUUCACCUCACAGAUCUUUUCGCUGGGCUACUGUCCCACUGGAGAAUGGCUGGCUGUGGGCAUGGAGAGCAGCAAUGUGGAGGUGCUUCACCACACCAAGCCAGACAAGUACCAGCUGCACCUGCACGAAAGCUGUGUCCUCUCACUCAAGUUCGCCUACUGUGGUAAAUGGUUUGUGAGCACAGGGAAGGACAAUCUGCUGAAUGCAUGGAGGACUCCUUAUGGUGCCAGCAUAUUCCAGUCGAAGGAGUCGUCCUCCGUCCUGAGCUGUGACAUCUCAGCAGAUGACAAAUACAUCGUGACAGGAUCCGGUGACAAGAAGGCCACCGUCUACGAAGUCAUCUACUAGAGACAAAGGAGGCUUCUGUGCUCACUUCUGAUGAAAUGACUUACUUUCCCCGACCGGCCAUGUGUCUGUGGACUACAA